AUGACUGCUGCCACGUCAACUAUAGUAGGAGCAUUAGCUUGCCAAAAGAACUCAUUUCUUAAAACUUUAAACACAAAAGUCGUUUCAAGCUAUGAAUUCAUCCCUCCAGCCACAGCCAAGGAGAAACAAAACAAGAACAAAAAAGAUUCACCAAAAGAGUUGAAGUACGGGGUUGAAUUCGAGGAUACAGUCUUGUUUCCAGAAGGAGGUGGUCAACCAUUUGAUAAAGGUACCAUCACUAUCCUCAACAAUGGUGCUGCUGUUGCUUCUGAGCCCAAAACAGUCGAAGUCAAUGCCAUCUUACGUGACAAGUUGAAAGCAGUUCAUAUUGUUGAUGAACCACUAGAACCCGGCACCCAAGUGAAACUCCAAGUGGAUUGGGAUCGCAGAUUGGAUAUUAUGCAACAGCAUACUGGACAGCAUUUACUUUCUGCUGUAUUUGAUACAUUGAAACUUGACACAUUAUCGUGGUCUAUGGGUGAUAUAAUUAAUUACAUUGAAUUACCAGAAAAAGUGUCUGAUGAAGUGGUGCAACAAGUGCAACAACGAGUGAAUGAGCUCAUAUUUGAAGCACAUCCAAUCCAUGUAGUGACUCGAGAUGAUCAUGGAGUUGAAAUCGACACCAGCCAUUUACCAGAUGAUUAUGAUCAAAGUAAAGGUGUUGUGCGUAUAGUCAAGAUUGGCGACGACAUUGAUUCAAACCCAUGUUGUGGUACACAUUUGUCCAACACUGCUCAAAUUGGAUCGAUUGUAUUGUUAAAUCAGACUUCAAUUCGUGGUGGCCAUUCUCGUUUAUAUUUCACUUGUGGAACAAGAGUGGCCAAUAUUGCGGGUGAAUAUUUUGACAUUUUGAAAACAGUUUCAGGAACACAAUUAUCUUGUCAGAUUGAUGACGUUGUUACUAAAAUCGACCAAUUGAAUACUAAUUACAGAAAAGCCAAUUCGACAAUUGCUAAUUUGACUAAGGAAUUGGCCAAUUUAAAAGCUACUGAAAUAUUUAACAAGUUGAAAGCGACCGAUGAUGGGAUUGCUUAUGUUUAUCGAGAAGAGAAUAAUCCAGAUUACUUAACAACAGUGCAGAAGGAAUUAGCUACAAUUAUCAACGCCAAUAAGGACUCCGGUGUCGAUAUCACCAACAAACAUACUCUUAUUUUGAUCAAUGGUAACCAAACUUCUAAUGGAGGUAUGGUGAAAAUAUCAGGGCCCAAAACCAAUGACAUUGCCACUGAACUAAAGCUGAAAAUCACUAAUUUGAAAGGUGGUGGAAAGGGUUUGUUUCAAGGUAAAAUUACCAAAUACGAAAAGGGUGAAAUCGAAUCCGUAUUAUCCUACUUAGACUCAUUAUAG